GCCAUAUCGGUUUAGCACGAAAGACGCUUGAAACUCAAAGUUACAAGUACAACACAGAAACCAAGGACGAACCAAGCCUCUAAGCUUAGCUAUCCCAGACAUACACUUGCUCACGUCUCGCCAACUCGCGCGUGACUUUCACUCUCUCCUCCCCGGCCUUCUCCACUGUCGCCAAUGGCCGCUUCUGGAUUUUCCACCUCGCCAAACUAACACACAAUUCUCAGUAAUUAAAUGGGUAGAAGGAAGCAAAGCAGACCUCACCGGUCCGGUGGGAUAAUUUUGGGUGGUAAUGAUGCUGCUGAGAAUGCGGAAUUGGAAAACCAGAGAUCGCAGAAGAAUGAAUUUGAGGAGAUUGAUCAACCUUAUUUCGUGGAAGUUGAUCGUUCCGGUUGGAUUUCGGACGACCACCUUGAUGUUUCCGAGGUUGUUUUGAUUGAUUUGAAGUUCGGAGAAGGGUUUUCCGGUCGUGAAUUGAGUGUGGAUUUGUGUGGGGAUGAUAAGUAUUCGUUAAGGUUUAGGUUGUGCAAUGUGAGUGAAUAUGUUGAUAGAAUCAAGUUAGGUCAUUGGCCUGUUUUGCCCUCAUCGGAUGUGUUUAUUGAGUUUGUUGAAAAGCCCGCUAUGGAGGGUGUGGAUGCGUGCCUGGUGAUUUUUUCGGGUGGCUUUGACGGCCCGGAUGAGGGUAUUUCUGGUCUUGUGCACUUGGCAAGUUUGAAGUUUAUGACAUUGAGGCCGGUUAUGGAGGUUGGACUUUCGACAGAUGUGGCACUGCCAUCCCUCAGGUUGAGGGUGGAGAUUCUUCGGAGCGCCUUUGAUGCUUGCGAAUCGCUUAUGGACAAUACUAGGCAGCUGUGGAAGAAGAGUAUGAUUAAUGUCAUGUCGUGGUUGCGGCCAGAAGUAAUGACGUCGGAGGCUCGAUAUGAAGUUAGUGUAUCAGUAGAAACUGAUGUGGCAGAUGGUAAUGCAGACCAAAAGAAAAUUGGAAGGUUUGAUGUUGCUGGGUUUUAUGAGGCCAUUAAACCAUCAAAAACAGAUGCAAUGCUUGAAGAAGACUUGCCCGAUUUGCUUCCUGAGUUGAGGCCAUAUCAGCGCCGGGCUGCUUACUGGAUGGUGCAACGUGAGAAAGAAGGUAUACAAAGUAUGCCCAGAAGUGGAGAAAGUCAGUUGUCCUCACCAUUAUGUUUACCUGUGGAAUUUCUGGGUACCGAUUCAAAAAUGUUUUACAACCCAUUCAGCGGAAAUGUGUCCUUGCAUCCAGAGCAUUCUUCAGCAAACAUUUUUGGUGGUAUUCUUGCUGACGAGAUGGGCUUGGGCAAAACUGUUGAACUGCUUGCUUGUAUCUUUGCUCAUCGCAAGGCAGCAUCUGAAGAGAGCCUCUUUCUUGAUACUGAAAUGCAAACCACCAAGUGUCUUAGAAGAUUGAAAAGGGAGCGUGUUGAGUGUGUUUGUGGAGCUGUGAGUGAAAAUCGCAGAUAUAAAGGCCUUUGGGUACAGUGUGACAUGUGUGAUGCAUGGCAACAUGCAGACUGUGUUGGUUAUUCAUCUAAAGGAAAACCUAUAAAAUCGCGUGAAGUUGUUGACGGACAAGGAUCCCAAGGGAGUUCAUCAGCUAAGAAGCAAAAGCACAAAAGAAAGAACACAGCCACCAUAGUUGAAAGAGAUGGACAUUUUAUUUGUCAGCUGUGUUCAGAACUCAUGCAAGCUACUGACACUCCUAUAGCGACUGGUGCCACUCUGAUAGUCUGUCCAGCUCCUAUAUUGCCUCAGUGGCAUGCUGAAAUCCUAUACCAUACACGUCCGGGAUCCUUAAAAACGUGUGUCUAUGAAGGAGUGAGGGACACAUCUCUUUCAAAUGAAUCUGUAAUUGACAUCGGUGAACUCGUCAGUGCUGACAUUGUUUUAACUACCUAUGAUGUACUUAAGGAGGACCUGUCACAUGAUUCAGACAGGCAUGAAGGGGAUCGGCGCUUCAUGAGAUUCCAAAAGAGGUACCCUGUUAUUCCAACUUAUUUGACCAGAAUAUUCUGGUGGAGGGUUUGUUUGGAUGAGGCUCAAAUGGUGGAGAGCAAUGCUACUGCUGCCACGGAAAUGGCUUUACGUCUGCAUGCCAAGUAUCACUGGUGCAUAACAGGAACUCCCAUACAGUGCAAACUAGAUGACCUAUAUGGCCUUCUUCGAUUUCUUAAAGCAAGCCCUUUUGAUAUUUCUAGAUGGUGGACUGAAGUUAUGCGGGAUCCAUAUGAGAGGAGAGACGUACGAGCUAUGGAGUUUACACAUAAGUUCUUCAAACAAAUAAUGUGGCGUUCAUCAAAAGUGCAUGUUGCCGACGAGUUACAGCUUCCUGCUCAGGAGGAGUGCACCUCUUGGCUCACUUUCUCACCAGUUGAAGAACACUUUUAUCAGAGGCAACAUGAGACUUGUGCAAGUUUUGCACGUGAAGUUAUUGAGAGUCUGAAAGACGAUAUCCUCAAAAGAAAAGUCUCAGGUUGUGCAGUGUCUGAUGCUUCAUCUGAUCCUUUCAUUACCCAUGCGGAGGCUGGAAAGCUUCUGAACACACUCCUGAAGCUUCGUCAAGCUUGCUGCCAUCCUCAAGUAGGAAGCUCUGGGCUGCGAUCUUUGCAACAGUCCCCAAUGACUAUGGAGGAAAUAUUAAUGGUUCUUAUAAGUAAGACCAAAAUAGAAGGAGAGGAAGCUCUUAGGAGGUUAGUUCUUGCCUUGAAUGGGCUUGCGGGGAUAGCUAUAAUUGAGGAAAACUCUACUGAAGCCAUAUCACUAUACAAGGAAGCAUUGGCUUUAGCUGAAGAGCACUCAGAUGAUUUUCGCUUGGACCCUUUGUUGAAUAUUCACAUCCUAUAUAAUCUUGCUGAAAUACUCCCACUGGGAGCAAACUGCUUGGGAAAAUGCCCCUUAAAUGGACUGUUGUUACCUGGAAAUCCUGGCACGGAGUUGUCCAAGAGACAUGGCAUUGGAAAGUCUGAACCACGUGUUUUCAAGAGGCGGAAAGUGAGUGGAAAAGGCAACUUUGCCACUGAUGCUGGGAAUCCACAUGAUAAUAAUACCUCCGAAAUUAAAGAGAACAUUCUAAAUGCUAACCAAGAAUGCAGUGAUGUGCCCCUGACAUCAUGCAGUUCUUGUGGAGAUGAAUCUUUGAGAACAGCCUGUGAGAAUUUUAAACAGAAGUUCUUAUCUGCAUUUAGUUCAAAGCUUUUCGUUGCUCAAGAAGAUUUUAGAAAAUCAUAUAUGCAGGUUUGUUCUGCAAUUAGUGAAAGAAAAAAUCAACAUACGGCUUGGUGGAUGGAAGCCCUUCUUAAUGCUGAGGAGAAUAAAGAUUGCUCAAGUGAGUUAAUCAGAAAGAUUGAAGAAGCCAUAGCAGGAAAUCUAAAUACUUCAAGGUCAUCGAGGAUUCCCACUGGUUUCCGAUCCAUAAGUGGUCUAAAGUAUCAUAUCCAGAGUGGUUUGGACCUACUGGAAGCCUCUAGGACUGUCUUACUUGAUCAACUUUUGGAAAUUGAUCAGACAAUAGAGAAGCCAAGGGAGGAGGAUAUUGAACGUGUGCGAUAUUGUCAAAACUGUCAAGUCAAUGGUGAUGGUCCUUCAUGUGUUAUGUGUGAACUUGACGAAUUGUUUAAGCAUUAUGAAGCAAGACUUUUUCGUCUCAAUAAAGCACAAGGGGGGAUGAUUACAUCUGCUGAAGAGGCUCUGGAUUUGCAGAAGAAAAACUCUGCACUUAAUCGUUUCUAUUGGAACUUAUCACAGUCAAAUAAAACAUCAAAAUCAUCUGCCAAUGGAUAUGAAGAAUCUAAAAAAAGAGAUGUUCAAGAAAAAGUGGUGGUUUCAAAAUCUCCAUCUGAAUUGGAGGUUGUUCUCGGUGUUAUAAAGAGCCAUUGCAAGGCUCACUUAGGAAGAGAGGGUUUAUCAGCUGCAACCAAGCAUCUGCAGAUUCUUGAGGGCAUGAGAAAGGAGUAUGCUAAUGCAAGGGCUUUGGCAAUAGCUCAAGCUCAAGUUCUGCAAGCUCAUGAUGAGAUAAAGAUGGCAACCACACGGCUGCAAUUACAAGUUCAUGAGGAUGACAAAUCUUUGAACGCUUUAACUAAAGACGAAUUACCUUCAGCUAGCGUACAGUACUCUAGUGAUAAGUUUGUGGCGUUAAACUUGUUGGCAUGUAUUAAAGGAAAACUUCGCUAUUUAAAGGGUUUGGUGCAAGCUAAACAGAAAUUGCCUUUGGAAAGUCCAAACAGCUCCUCAGUGACUGAAGAAGAAGCGGCAGCUGCUGCUACAUCAGAAAACGCCGAAAAAAAAAGUGAAUGCAUACCUAAAUCUGAUGAUGAGUCAUGCCCAGUUUGUCAAGAAACGUUGAGCACUAAAAAGAUGGUUUUUCAAUGUGGCCAUGUUACGUGCUGUAAAUGUUUAUUUGGAAUGACUGAACGGAGAAUACUUCAGGAUAACAAGAUUCAGAAUAAGUGGGUAAAGUGCCCUACAUGUCGACAGCAUACUGAUGUUGGGAAUAUUGCCUAUGUUGAUGAUAGACAAAAUGAAAAUUGUGAUUCUUCUCUCCUGCAUACAACUGAUGGUCCUGAAAAUUUGGGAUCGUCUAUUGUAGUUCAGGGUUCGUACGGCACUAAGAUCGAAGCGGUGACUAGAAGAAUAUUGUGGAUCAAGUCCAAAGACCCCAAAUCGAAAGUUCUCGUUUUCUCAAGUUGGAAUGAUGUCCUUGAUGUAUUGGAACAUGCCUUUAGUGCUAAUGAUAUAUCCUUUAUUCGAAUGAAGGGAGGCAGGAAAUCACAUGUGGCCAUCAGUGCAUUUAGAGGACAGAAGAGCAGCACAAAAGUAAAACACAAGAAACGUGGGAAGCUAGCAGAAGAAGAAUCUGUUCAAGUGUUGUUGCUCCUAAUUCAGCAUGGAGCAAAUGGUCUCAAUCUUUUAGAAGCACAGCAUGUUGUCCUUGUAGAGCCCCUACUCAACCCAGCAGCAGAGGCACAAGCAAUCAGCCGGGUCCACCGAAUUGGGCAGCAAAAUAGGACAUUGGUUCAUCGUUUCAUCGUGAAAGACACGGUUGAAGAGAGCAUAUAUAAACUCAACAGAAGCAGGAACACCACUGCAUUCAUUAGCGGGAACACGAAGAAUCAAGAUCAGCCCUUUUUUACACUCAAAGACGUUGAAUCCCUAUUUGCAACAGCGCCACCCGCUGUACCGGAAACUGAUGACAAACAGGCCGAAAGUCUGAGACAUUUGCCGCCUUCUGUGGCGGCAGCUAUAGCAGCUGAGAGAAGACUCAACGACCUGACAUCCACUUUGUCAUAACGCGGUGAAGAAAUCUUCUGACACUCUUAGGCGUCAGUUAUUAGUUGUUCCUAAAAGAUGACGAGCAUAUUGUUCUUUUCUAUCUUUGUAGGUUCUCUAACCAUUUUUUGCUAUUUUCUUAUAAGUUACAAUCCAUUUCAUGCCUGUAAAUAUCAUUCUUGUCCUUUUUCUUUUUUCACAAACUCUAUAUCGAUCCAAAAAUUCCAAGCAACCAAAAAAAAAAAAAAAAAAAAAAAAAAAAAAAAAAAAA